AGAGCAGCAGCAGCAGCAUCACACCACAGACACACACAGAGAGAGAGAGAGAGAGAGAAGAGCAGCAGCAGAAGGAGAGAGAGAUAUUUAUAGCCUUCAGCGAGGCUGCAGCACAGAGAUAAGGCUUGGGACCAAGCCGCAGGCAGGAAGACACACAGACAGACAAAAAGAGGACACGUCGAGGAGAUGAAACAGUUCACUUGGGUCGUUUUCCUCGGGGCCGUGGUGGUCUCCCUGGUCGGUGGAGGAGCAGCAGCAGCAGCAGCAGCCGGUACCGGUACCGGUACCGAGGGUGCUGGUGAGAUCUCCUUCGAGUACCACCGCUACGAUGAGCUGCGGAAGGCGCUGGUGUCCGUGUGGCUGCAGUGUCAGACCAUCAGCCGCAUCUACACCAUCGGGGAGAGCUUCGAGGGCCGCGAGCUGCUGGUGCUCGAGAUGUCCGACAACCCGGGGACGCACGAGCCUGGUGAGCCUGAGUUUAAGUACAUCGCCAACAUGCACGGCAACGAGGCCGUGGGCAGAGAGCUGCUCAUCAACCUGGCUCAGUACCUGUGCAACCAGUACCAGCAAGGCAACGAGACAAUCAUCGAUCUCGUCCACAACACCCGUAUCCACUUCAUGCCCUCCAUGAACCCAGACGGCUUCGAGAAGGCCGCUUCACAGCCUGGAGAGAUCAAGGACUGGUUUGUGGGUCGCAGUAACGCACAGGGGGUGGAUCUGAACCGUAACUUCCCCGAUCUGGAUCGCAUCAUCUACGUCAACGAGCGAGAGGGUGGAGCCAACAACCAUCUGCUGCAGAACAUGAAGAAGGCCGUGGAUGAAAACACCAAGCUGGCUCCAGAGACCAAGGCAGUGAUCCACUGGAUCAUGGAUAUCCCCUUCGUCCUCUCAGCCAACCUGCAUGGAGGAGACGUGGUGGCCAACUACCCAUAUGAUGAGACCCGCACUGGCUCUACUCAUGAGUACAGUUCCAGUCCAGAUGAUGUGAUGUUCAAGUCUCUGGCGAAGGCCUACUCCAUGUACAACCCAGUCAUGUCCGACCCUAACCGACCCCCCUGCCGUAAGAACGACGACGACUCCAGCUUCAAGGAUGGCAUCACUAACGGAGGGGCCUGGUACAGCGUGCCAGGAGGAAUGCAGGAUUUCAACUACCUCAGCAGCAACUGUUUUGAGAUCACUCUGGAGCUCAGCUGUGACAAGUUCCCCAAUGAGGACACACUCAAGACCUACUGGGAGCAAAAUCGCGACUCACUGGUCAACUACAUCGAGCAGGUCCACCGUGGUGUAAAAGGCUUUGUACGCGACCUCCAGGGAAACCCCAUUUCCAACGCCAGCGUCUCUGUGGAGGGCAUUGACCACGACCUCACCACAGCCAAAGAUGGAGACUACUGGCGCCUCCUGGCUCCAGGAAACUACAAAGUGGCAGCCUCUGCCCCAGGAUACCUGACUGUCAUCAAGAAGGUGGCUGUUCCCCACAGCCCUGCAACCAGGGUGGACUUUGAGCUGGAGUCUCUGAUGGAGAGGAAGGAGGAGGAGCGGGAGGAGCUGAUGGACUGGUGGAAGAUGAUGUCAGAGACACUGAACUUCUAAACGUUUGUCUGGCCGAUGAUCGGACCGUCCGCACAUCGAUGUAAUAUAUUCAACAUUCUGUGUGCCCGUCCACUCUGAAAAAAAGAAUAUAUUGUCUCCUCAUUUGUUUUGUUCUCUUUGGAUCAUUAUUUUAAUUGAUUAUUACUGUUUAUUACUGUAAUGGUUUGCCUCAUACUCCUGUAGAACAUCCUGCAGACACUGACACAUAUACUGAGGGGCACGGGAGGAAUCUGCAGGUUGUUUGUCGGCAGUGAGAUCGGUGUUGAUUUCUGUGGUAUUGUGUUCUUUAUCGUACAUGUGAUUUGGUAACCAUGGCACCCAUCUAUAUAACCAAUGAGUGACUGAGUAACUAUGUAUAUAAAAGAGCUGUUUACAUCAUUACCACAUGGCUCUGUCCAAAAUAAGUCAUAAUUUUUUCCUGUUUUAAAUGUCUCUGUUUCUCCAGGCUUUAGUGCAAAUACACAAGUACAACGCAAACAACACAAACGCUUUAUAGGCGACUGUAAACUUGCACACACGCACUGUAAAAUAAAAAAUACAAUGCUAUAGUUUUGAGAAUAUUAGACAUUAAAAACACUGUAAAAUCACUGUAUACAUUAUAUUGUAAACAAUCUAUACAGGCAAGCCCAUUUUUCCUGUAUGUUAUUGAUGUUGAGAUUUUUUUUUUAAACUGACUGCAGCACAGCUUUGAUUUUAGCACAAGAUGAAUGGUAAUAAUAUAUACUGUAUUUAUGAACUAUAGGUAUAGCAAGAAAUGUGUGGUUUUUAACUAAAACAAUAAAUAAAAGAAAACAAGGCCAAUACACCUAUAAAUCCGUCCUCCUCUGUCUACCCAAAGACAUUCCUACGCAGGUAAUACUGUGGUACAUAAGGAACUGUGGUACAUGUAUACAAGUUGUUUUUUUCAAGGAUAAAUUAACGCUAAUCUUCUGAGUGGACACAGGAAGUUUAGCUGACUAUGGAUGCGGUUUGAGACCACAUAAAGGAUUUAUUGAAUGUAUAUCUAUAAAAACAGUUACACAUGUAAAGAAUGAACUGAUCAAUAAAACUCCCCUCUUUCUGUUGUCAAA